CAGUCUUCUUGGUCUCGGUCAUGGUCAUUGGUUUCGGGGUCGCUCGAGAAAGCCAGAAGAAAGCGCGAGCGAUCAAAUAUUAUUCAGUUACUGUCACCGCCGGCAUAAAAGUGCGACAAAUCAUAAAUAAAAAUAAUUAAUAACGUAAAUAUUCUCAAAACUGAUUUGUGAUAUGUGCCCUUCAAAGAUACUACUAGUUAUAUUUGCGUUUGCGCAGUACGUGACCGCCCAAGACCCUUUUUAUUAUAUUAAACAAUGUUCGGCAAACGAUCCCGAGAUAAACGAAUGUUUACGCGAAUCAACCAAUUACCUCAUAGCUAAUAUGAGAAGGGGAAUACCGGAAUUAAACCUAAAUAACCCCGAACCGAUCAUAAUAGAUCAAAUACAACUGGCGUUAGGAACCGGGCCUGAUGGAUAUAGAGCGAUAUUUAAGGAUAUUGAGGCAUAUGGAGUCAGUAACUGUUCCGUGACAGCAGUUAGGUCUGAUAUUGCAACCAAUCAGUUCCAGUUUACCUUAUAUAUACCAAAGAUUUCAGCACGUGCAAUUUAUGAGUCUAGUGGAGUAUUAAUUCUAGUUCAGGCAUCUGGAGGAGGCAACUAUUGGGGAGAAUAUGAGGGUGUCAAAGUGAAGGCUUAUAUUCGAGCAAGCAGAACUCCAGGCGAUGACGGACUCAGCUACUUAAAUCUUCAACAGUUAAAAAUGGACUUUAGCGUAAAGGAUAUCAAAAUGGGCGUUGACGGAAUUCAUAAUGGCAAUGCGGUACUCCAAGCCGCGUUAAACUUGUUCAUCAACAGCAACUCUCAGGAAUUAUUAAAAGAAAUGAAACCCCAUUUAAAGAAAAAGCUAAUCGUUUUGAUGAGCGAAUUCGUAUCGAACCUAUUCGAAAACGUUCCUUAUGAAGCAUUCUUGACUGACCAGUAACUUUAAUUUACCAUUAAUUUAUAAGUAUUUAUUUCUUAGUUAAUUAGUUAAAUAUAGAUUCUUCUCUGCAA